GUCACUUCCGUGUUGGUUUCAAGAGAAGGAGCAGGAGGUUGCCGCUUGCUCUAGCCUAGCACACAUUUUAAAAGAAGAAUGGGUGGCAAUAGUGCACCAGUAAGCUAGAUGCCAACGGCCGUAGAAGAAGAAGAAUUUUAACACGCUCGUUGAAUUGGCAUAACAGUUUCUACGGUCUAAAUUGCGUGAAAACAAUACCGCUCAUCUUAUGCGACGUUAAUUUGGAGAAUAUAUGAUGUUGCUCUCUUUUCAUGUAUACCUGCCAACUGCUAGCGAUUGAACUCUUCAGGAAAAUGUUCCUUUACUACAUCAGAAGGCGUCUCCAGCUUUUGGCGAAAAGCUCCCUCGGUAUCAGCGGAAUAUAUCUAAGUACAAUACUCGUGAUGACAGCUGUGAUACAACUAGCCUUCUGAUGCAACUUUGCGCUGACCGUUAUUACAUUUCUCCUGAAGCUUUCCACACUAGAACCUGUACAUAUGGACCUUUAGGAACAGGACUGAAGAAAAACAUUAUUGAACAGUGGACCUCAGCAAUACGUUCAAGAGCAUAUGUGUUUGGGAUCACUACUUCAGUGCAAAGUAGAAUGUGUGAGGAAUCUGUCAGGAUUGUUAAUGUAGAGACUCUUCAAGAAAUCCUCAACCAAGAAAGUUUAACUGAAAAAGAAGCAUCUCAAAAGAUUCAAACACUCAUGAAAGACAGUGUGUCUAUUCGGACGAGUCUCCUGAAGGGUGCUUUGCAGCAGUAUAUUCAGGCUUUGGAGCUUGUGAAUAGGACAUUGCCUUUUGGAUUGUCAGAGAUAGGUCUGUGCCAUCAUUCUGAUAGUCAGCACAGACAUUCGUCUGGAUGCUCAUUUGAGGUAACCGAGUCAUCUUUAGUUUGGUUCUGUUCUCCUCGGACUUCUUCACAGUGGAUGGACUACUGGGCUCAUCAAAGACUGCAGUGGUGGAGGAAGUUUGCUUUAGGUCCUUCUGACUUCAGUAUGUGCAAUGUGAUGGAUGAGGAACUGAAAGAAGGGACAUCUCGUGGUAUUAAAGUCCUCUAUAAGUUCCCCUGGGGCUCAGAGACCCUGGAGACAGUGUGGAGCCUGGGGGACACACUACUGCUGAAGACUCACCAAGGAGCUUGUACGAAACUACAGUGCAGAGAUGGAAGAAAGUCUGUAGUUCCUCAUGUCAUCUCUGUCAGUGCAAAUGUGGAUCGAGGGAUGCUGGCUUAUCUAUUUAACUCGUUUCAAUUGCUGAAGAAAGCUGACAACAAACAAAAGAUUCAUCAAAGGAUGGUUUGUGAGGGUUUGUUCCAAGAGUUCCUUGAAGCUGGAAUUUCCACAUGGCCUGGAUACUUGGACACAAUGUCAUUAUCUCUGGAGAAUUUACACACAAAGUAUGAUGAGAUGGGUGUCCUCUUCACAUUGAUGGUCAGUGAGAGCACACUAAAAAGUGGCCUUCUGCUGGUUCGUAACAGAGACACCACCAUCAGAGAGACUAUGCACAUCUCAGAAAUCAAAUGCUUUCUGCUCAAAUACAUAUCUGCCUCAGAGAAUUUCUGACUUUUAUCAUCUGAAUCUCAAAAGAAUAUAUCUUGUAAAGUAUCGCAAUGUGGUAAUAUGAUAACUGUGUUGGAAGUGAUGUAACCGUUACAAAAUUGUCACUCUGCUUAUGUAAAAUAAAGUGAUGUAA